AUGCCGCAUGUUCAAGUGUCAGAUUCGGAAAAGUUACGUUUAUACAAAUUUAUUGAAAAUGGAUCUAAUUUAGAACUUGCAUACAGAAGUUGGGAAUAUCAUGAAAUUCCGCUACUGCCACAAACAAUGAAAUUUAACUGGAACGUAAAAACUACUAGUCUACUAGAGAGACCACGAUUUGUUUUGUUUGCUUUACAGACUGCUAAAAAGAACGCCAUAAAAGAAGAUGCGAGCCAUUUCGAUCAUUGUAAUAUUACAAACUUAAAACUAUUUCUAAAUUCUGAAAUGUACCCGUAUGACAAUUUGAACUUGAACUUUGAUAAGAAACAGUAUGCCAUUGCAUAUGAAAUGUAUGCACAAUUUCAACCGUCGUACUAUUAUAAAGUUGGAGAUCCAUGUCUUAGUUUGGAGCAAUUUGGUUCUUUUGCCCCCAUAUUUGUUAUUGACUGCAGCAGACAAAAUGAAUCAGUUAAGUCGGGAAGUGUCGAUAUGAGAAUAGAAAUUGAAACCAAUAAGAAUAUACCAGUUAAUACAGCAGCUUAUUGUAUAAUUAUACAUGACCGUAUUGUUAAUUAUAAUCCGCUAACUAAUGUAGUUCAAAUGUUUUAA